CUCUCUCUCUCUCUCUCUCUCUCUCUCUCUCUCUCUCUCUCUCUCUCUCUAAACUCUUCCCUUUGUUUUGUUGUAUUGACGUAAUUCUCCACUUCUUCAUAUAAGCCUUCACCAAACAAAACCACCUUUAAUUCCUUUAUUUGCUCUAAAACAAAAAACAAAACUAAAGAGGGAAGAGAUCAUCAAAGAAGAAAGAUCAAAUAUGGUGUUUUCUUCAUUUCCUACGUAUCCUGAUUCAUCAAACUGGCAACAACAACAUCAACCAAUCACAUCCACCGUUGGAUUCACGGGAGACAACAACAUCAGCCAGCAGUUCCUCCCUCACCAUCUCCCACCGCAACCGCAACAAACGCCUCCACCGCUUCACCUCAGCGGUAACGGUGGAGGCGGUGGUGGUGGUCCUGGGGGACCUGGCGGAUCAAUACGGCCAGGUUCGAUGGCAGAAAGGGCAAGAAUAGCCAACAUACCAAUGCCUGAAACAGCCUUGAAAUGUCCAAGAUGUGACUCAACCAACACCAAAUUCUGUUACUUCAACAACUACAGUCUCACUCAACCUCGCCACUUCUGCAAAGCAUGCCGCCGUUACUGGACACGUGGCGGCGCUCUAAGGAGCGUCCCUGUCGGUGGUGGUUGCCGCAGAAACAAAAGAACCAAAAACAGCAGCGGUGGCGGUGGUAGCAGCAGUAGCGGUAACAGUAAGUCACAAGACAGCACCACAAGCAACGACCAAUACCACCACCGAGCCAUGGAUAAUAAUCAGAUGGGACCGCCACCUUCUUCGACUUCUCUGAGCUCGUUGCUAUCUUCUUACAACGCCGGAUUGAUCCCUGGACAUGAUCAUAACAUGAGCAGUAACAACCAUGUACUUGGACUUGGAUCAUCUUUGCCUCCUCUCAAGCUCAUGCCUCCUUUAGACUUCACUGACAACUUCACCUUACAGUACGGUACCGUUUCAGCUCCUUCUUAUCAUGUAGGCGGUGGAAGCAGUGGAGGAGGAGGAGCGGCGUCUCUUUUGACAGGUUUUGACCAGUGGAGAUUCCCGGCACCUCAUCACCAACUUCCUUUGCUAGGUGGUUUAGACAGCUCAUCAUCAUCUUCCGGGUUAUAUCCAUUUGAUCAUCAAAAUCAAACGGGUCUGGAGCCGCAGAAUCCGGGUUACGGAUUAAUCACCGGAUCGGGUCAGUAUCGAGCUAAGAACAUCUUUCAUAACCUUGUUUCCUCUUCUGUAUCGUCAGCUAUGGUCACGGCCACUGCGUCGCAGUUAGCUUCAGUGAAAAUGGAAGAUAGUAACAAUCAACUCAACAUGUCUAGACAACUUUUUGGAACCGAACAACAGCUUUGGAAUAUUCAUGGGACUGCAGCAUCAACCGCAGCGGCAACAACUAGUUCGUGGAGUGAUGUCUCUAAUAACUUCAGUUCUUCUUCUACUAGCAAUAUAUAAUCAGCUGCCACUCUAAGGAUCGAAUCUAUGUGACGACGAGACUUUUUGUAAUUUUUUUUAUUGGGUGUGCUAUGAUCUUAUGUACUUAUAAGUUGGAAGUUAGUACAUCGAUCUUGUUGAUCCUUUUAAUAUUAAAUUACAACUACUAGUUUUGGGUUUUGUUUU